AUGCGCUGUGCAUCCUGCAGCUUAAGGCCCCCUCCGGAGGACCUGGAAUUAAACUUGGAAAGUUCCGGAGUGGGGGCGCGGGGGGGCGCGGGGAGCCGCUGGAGGCCAGAGCAGCGCUGGGUGAAACAUUUUCUAACUUUUGCUUUGGUUGCUGAAGAUAGAAAGAAAGAGGUCAAGCAGUAUCAGGAUUUGGGGAAAAGUGGUGUAUCCAGGAAAAAUGACAUAGACUUAAAAAGAAUUGUAUUUGUCAUCCAGAGUCAAAGUAAUUCUUUUCAUGCAAAGAGAGCAGAGCAAUUAAAAAACAUCAUCUUAAAGCAGGCUGCAGAUCUUACACAGGAACUCCCCAGAGUCCUUCUCCUUCAUCAGCUGGCCAAGCAGGAAGGUGCAUGGACCAUACUUCCAUUGUUACCACACUUUUCUGUAACAUAUAGCAGAAAUUCAUCAUGGAUUUUCUUCUGUGAAGAAGAGACAAGAAUACAGAUCCCAAAACUUAUAGAAACACUCAGAAGAUAUGACCCAUCUAAGGAAUGGUUUUUAGGAAAAGCAUUACAUGAUGAAGAAUCUACAAUAAUUCACCAUUAUGCCUUUUCUGAAAAUCCUACGGUUUUUAAAUAUCCAGACUUUGCUGCUGGCUGGGCCCUUAGUAUUCCACUUGUAAACAAGCUUACCAAGAGGUUAAAGAGUGAAUCCCUGAAAUCCGACUUUACAAUAGAUUUAAAACAUGAGAUUGCCCUCUACAUCUGGGACAAGGGCGGAGGACCUCCCCUUACCCCAGUGCCUGAGUUUUGUGCAGACAGGACAGACUCCUACUGUGCUACCACAUUCCAUUCUUUUCUACCUCUUUGUGGAAAGCCAGUGAAGAAGGAAGAUGUUUUUGUUGCAGUAAAAACAUGCAAGAAAUUUCAUGGUGACCGAAUACCCAUCGUAAAGCAGACCUGGGAGGGACAGGCAAGUCUCAUUGAGUACUACAGUGACUACGCAGAAAGUUCAAUCCCCACUGUGGAUUUGGGAAUUCCUAAUACAGACAGAGGUCAUUGUGGAAAGACGUUCGCCAUUUUGGAAAGAUUUUUGAAUCAUAGCCAUGGCAAAGUAACAUGGUUAGUCAUUGUAGAUGAUGAUACAUUAAUAAGUAUCUCCAGGCUGCAGCACUUGCUGAGCUGUUAUGACCCCAGCGAGCCGGUGUUUCUGGGAGAGCGCUACGGCUACGGCCUGGCCACUGGCGGCUACAGCUACAUCACAGGAGGAGGAGGGAUGGUCUUUAGCAGAGAAGCCAUCAAAAGACUUCUCACCAGUAAAUGUCGAUGCUACAGCAACGAUGCCCCCGACGACAUGGUCCUGGGAAUGUGCUUCAAUGGGUUGGAUGUCCCUGUGACACACAGCCCUCUCUUCCAUCAG